GUAUAUUGAAAAGAAAUGGAUUCCUCUGUUGACCCAAACUGCAUGCUUAAUAAUGGACUUUUAAUGCCAAAGGUUGGCCUUGCCAUCAGCCAAAACCAAUCUGAUGAUUUAAUAUACACUGUCGUUGUUGAUUAUGGUUAUAGGCACCUCUACACGGUCAGUUUCUACAAGAACGAAGAGGUUGUAGGAGAGGCCAUCCAGAAAGUUCUCACAGAGACCGAUAUCAGGCAAGAAGACCUCUUCGUAGUCACCAAAGUGUGGCAAAACCAGAAAGAAGACAUCAGAGGAGCCUUUGAUAAGUCAUUAAAGAAGUUAAAGCUUGAUUAUGAUGACCUCACAAAAUUUCCUUCAGAAGAAACUUUAAAAUCAAAACUCACUGAAUUUAAGUUAUCAAGAUUUCAAUUCAAGAUUCCUUUUUAUUUCUCAACCCACCAGCCAGCCUUUGUCAAAGUAGAAGAAGGUGGCAAGAUAGUCCCUGGAAAAAUAGCAAACCAUGUGGCCUGGGCCGAACUAGAAAAACUUGUCAAUGAAGGCCUAAUCAAGAGUAUCGGAGUGCCAAACUUCAACGUACAAAGCUUGCUAGACAUGCUAGCUUAUUGCGAGACCAAGCCUGUAUGCAACCAAAUUGAGCUUCAUCCAUACUUAGUUCAAGAUGAAUUAGUCAAGUUCAUGAAAGAUAACGAAAUCAUUCGUGUAGUAUACUAUCCUCUUGUAGGAGGUGGUGAUUUAAAACGAAACUCACCCAAGGACAUUCUCAAAUUAGAGCUCUUCCAAGAACAUGCAGAGAAGUAUGAUAGAACAGCAGGACAGAUCAUACUCAACUGGGGACUACACAGAGGUCACUGUAUCAUUCCCAAAAUUUUUAACAAAGAAAGACUCAUUGAAAAUAAGAAAUCUCAAGAGUUCAUAACUGGUGGAGAGGACUAUCAGAAGAUAUCAGACCUCGACUGUGGAAGGAGAUGUUUCCCUGGCAUAAAUUUUGAAUUUCUUUGCUAUACCCCAGUCUUUGCAUAA